CUCAACAUUUUCGCCCCAUUUCACCAUUUGCAUAAAAAAAUAAUAAUCUUAAAGUACUCGGGUUCAUAGGGUAUAGUUAUACAACCACCCUUGCCGAAUCCUGAACUUCAUAAACCUCUCAGCUUCGCUCACUCAUACGGAAUUCUUAGACUCGAACUGAUCUUCAAAGCUUGUUCCAGGUUCGCAUACUUUCAUGCGAUUGUUCAUUCGUUCAUGUUUGAUUCAAAUUAGGCCGCCGCUCUUGCCCUGGCUCAGGGACGGGCCUGGCCACAGGGCAAAUGGGUUUGCACUAUUUAGGGCAUUUUCUGGGUUUGUCAACAAUCGUCGAAAACCCGACCCAGAUGACCCUUUAAGCCUAAUGAAGGAAGAUGGGAUUGCAGUUUGCUCACAUAUGUGGAUUGAGAAUUUCAGGGAGCCUAAUAAGAGUGCCACUAAUUUGACAACUUAUCUUAGGAAGUUUGAGUUGUGGGUAUUGGCAUAUCAGAAGGUAUAUGCUGAUGAAACAGGUUCGUAUUUGCCUCGUCAUUCUAUACAAAGAUCGGCGUUGGAAGAUCUUUUAGCUCUUAGAAAUGCUGUUCUUGAUGAUAGGUUUAAAUGGGGUGCUAGGUUGAACUUUUAUAUUAAGUCGCCUAGGGAUAAGACUGAAUAUGAUUCUUUAUCGAAAAGGAAGAUUAAGACUAUAUUAACCACUACACAGCCUACUCCGUAUCAAGAUAGAAUUGUUCAGGAGGUUUUAUUCAUGAUAGUGGAACCCAUUUAUGAGUCGCGGUUUUCUCAGAAGUCGUAUGCGUUCAGACCUGGUAGGACUGCUCAUACAGUUUUGAGGGUUAUUAGGAGGUCUUUUGCUGGGUAUCUGUGGUAUAUGAAAGGAGAUUUGAGUACCAUUCUUGAUGGAAUGAAGGUAGGAUUAGUUAUCAAUGCUUUGAUGAGGGGUGUGAGGGAUAAGAAGGUGAUUGAUUUGAUAAGAUCAGCACUAGUGAUGCCAGUGAUUGAGACGAAGUUUGAUGACGGUGAUAAAAAGAAGAAGAAAAAAAGAAAGUAUCAGAAGAAGAAGGUUUUGGCGGAUGAUGAACCCAAACCUGAUCCAUAUUGGUUGGAUUCCUUUUUUGGUUUUGCUCCAGAAGAAGCAGAGAAGGUUCCUUCUUGGGGUCAUUGUGGGAUUUUGAGUCCGCUACUGGCAAACAUAUGCCUAGAUGAAUUGGAUCAUUGGAUGGAGGGUAAAAUUAAGGAUUUCUAUUGUCCUUCAAAAAGUGAUGUCAUAUGGAAUACUCCAGAAGGCGAAGCAGAGCAGGGAAAUACUUCAUGGCCUGAGUUUGUCCCCACUAGCGGGCCAGAUAAAACACGUAAAAUGGACUAUAUCAGAUAUGGAGGUCACAUCUUGGUAGGUAUUCGAGGACCUAGAGCUGAUGCAGCAAUAUUGAGGAAACAGUUAAUUGAGUUCUGUGAUCAGAAAUAUCUCCUCAAGCUUGACAAUGAAAGCCUGCCUAUAGAGCAUAUAACCAAGGGAAUCAUGUUUCUUGACCAUGUAUUAUGCCGAAGGGUUGUUUAUCCCACACUCCGCUACACAGCUACCGGUGGAAAAAUUAUCAGUGAGAAGGGUGUCGGAACCCUUUUAUCAGUAACAGCAAGUCUGAAGCAAUGUAUCAAGCAAUUUAGGAAAUUGAACUUUUUGAAGGGGGAUCGAGAACCUGACCCGCAGCCUUGUUUUAGAAUGUUUCAUGCCACUCAAGCUCACACAAAUUCACAGAUGAACAAGCUGCUCUGCACUAUGGUUGAGUGGUAUAGAUAUGCUGAUAAUAGGAAGAAAAUAGUUAACUUUUGUUCUUAUAUUAUCAGAGGGUCGCUUGCGAAGCUGUAUGCUGCAAAGUAUAAGCUUCGCUCACGUGCAAAGGUCUACAAGAUUAGUGAUAGGACCCUUAGUCGUCCUCUGAAGGAGAAAAAGGGGAUUUCACCUGAGUAUCAGAACAUGCUCAGGAUGGGUCUUGCAGAGUCUAUUGAAGGGCUGAAGUAUACAAGGAUGUCUCUUGUGCCUGAGACCGAUUACACAGCUUUUCCGGGUAACUGGAGGCCUGACCAUGAGAAGGCAUUGCUUGAGUACUUGAGCCUUGACGAUCCCAAGACCUUGGAAGAUCAGAGGAGCUCUAUCAAAGAACAUGGUCUAAUUUCACCGCAAGAUUACAUUUCUAUGCUCGUUUGGAACUACAAAAGAAAUGCUAUUGUAUCGGAUCAGCUCUCCUCGAUGAAUAGUGGUGACAAGAACAUUGAAAGUAGUGAUCAGUUUCAGUUGGAGCCAACUAAUGAGGAAUGUGCUGGACGAAGUGAAGAUGAGGAAGAAUGUAAAGAGAAAAUUAAUAUGGCACACCUGUGAAGUACCUUGGCCUCCGAGCUUGUCAAAAUAUCACAUGUAAAGGAAGAAGUUAUGCUUAAGAGGAACAUAUAUGUGAGUUUUGCUCCUGAGGAAAUCUAACAGGACUGUGUUGAAAGACGUGAAGUGGAGGAGGAAACGAAAGAGAUAAUUAAUCUGGCACACAUGUGAGGUACCUUGGCCUCUAAGCUUUUCAAAACAUAGUGUGUAAAGGAAGAAGUUUGCUUGAUAGACAUGAACAUGUGAGUUAUGCACCUGCGAUAAUAUAACAGCACAUUUAUUAUUAUUCAUGUGAUAGCUUGUAACCUUUUAUGCCUAAUUAAGGCUGUUUUGAAAUAUAAUUACUAUGAUAGUGUCUAUUUCCCUGCUA